UCUUCCUCACACCUUCCUGGAACCUUCCCCUCAUCUUCCCAUCGCCGCCCGCAUUGCGGCUGGCUAUAUAAACGGCCAGUCUCUCCUCCCCAUCGAGCAAAACUCACCUCGAAUCCUCGAUCGAUCCCCUCUUCUUCUUCUCACUCGAGAAUAAUAUACACAGAAAGAAACAGACAAGUGUUCCAUCUGGGUAGCUAGCAUAGCAGCGAGCGAUGGCGGCAAAGCGGCUCCACGAUAGCUACGAGCACGACGAGCAGGACUCCGACCAGCCCGGCCAGAAGCGGGUGCACCGCUUGCCGUCCUUCUCCUCGGUGAUCCGGGAGGCCAUGCUGAUGAAGCAAGUGCAGAAUGUGUUCAUGGUGCUCGAGCCUCUCCUCCGCCGAGUGGUGCAGGAGGAGAUCCAGGCGGGGCUGGUGCGCAGCCCGAGGUACACGGAGAGAUCGCCACCGGAGACUCCCCCACGGGCGCCAUCAACGGAGCCGGCGACAUGGAAGCUGGCCUUCAAGAACCCGCCGCAGCUGCCGAUCUUCACGGGGAGCAAGAUCGAGGACUGCAACGGGGACCCGCUGCAGGUGAUCCUCGUGGACGCCGACACGGGCUCGCCAUGCCCGUGCCCGCAGUUCCUGCGCGUCGAGCUCGUCCCGCUCUCCGGCGACUUCCCGCCGGACGGGCGCGAGGAGUGCGCGUCGGCGGCCGAGUUCGCCAUGGGCGUCGUCAAGGAGCGGGCAGGCAAGCGUCCCUUGCUCACGGGCGACGUCGCGCUCACCAUGCGCGGCGACGGCUGCGCCACCGUGGGCGAGCUCCAGUUCACCGACAACUCCUCAUGGCUCCGCUGCCGCAAGUUCCGGAUCGGCGCCCGCGUGGUCUCCAAUGGCAGUCCAGGGAGGAUCGCGGAGGCCAUGACUGAGGCCUUCAAUGUCAGAGACCACCGUGGGGAGCUGUACAGGAAGCACUACCCUCCGGAGCUCGGGGACGACGUGUGGCGGCUGGAGAAGAUCGGCAAGGAAGGCGCCUUCCACCGGAAGCUGGCGCAGCACCGCGUCAAGACCGUCCAGGAGUUCCUCCGGAUGCUCACCGUCAAGCCCGACAUGCUCCGCGCGAUUCUGGGCGACGGGAUGACUGACAGGCUCUGGGAGGUGACCACGAGCCACGCCAAAAAGUGCGACGCCGGCGAAAAGGUGUACGCCUACUCCGGCGCCGGCGCCACCAUUUACGUGAACUCCAUCUUCGAGCUCGUCAGGGUCGAGUUCGGCGGCGCCGAGUGCGCGCCGCAGCAGCUGACCAGGCCCCAGAGGAUGUACGUGCAGCAGCUGUGCCUGGAGGCGUACGAGAAUCGCCACAGCCUCCAAGAGGCCGACUUCGUGCCCCUCAUCCAUGCCGCCUACAGCAGCAGCAACAGCCUCCCACUGCUGCAGAACGCACCGCCGCCACCGGUCGCGCUGACUCCGGCGACGCCGCUGUGGUUCCUCGGCAACCCGGACAUGGACUUCCAGGUGGACGACGAGCUCUCCCAGGGCAUGUUCGACAUGACCGGUUAAGAGAUUCAGAACCUGCGUGCAUCGUCAAGGCCAACUAGCCAAAGAUGCAGCAGCCGUACAUCAGGUGGAAAGAUCACCUGCAAAUUAAGUUUUUUCAGCAAUAGUCUGUCUGUCUGUGUACAUUAUAAAUGUGUGUUUCAAGCCGGUAACUGGCUUUUGGUGAACUUUGAGCGGCCCUCGCUGCUCGCCGAGCAUGCGCGAGACGCAUCCGCGAGCAGCGGCAAAGAGGCGUUCGGUCGAUCGAGCAAAGUGCUUAAGGAAUUCUUUGGUUUAAUUCGUAUCCUUUGUUGUAAUCUUUCUUCUUCUGCUAAGGUUUAGGUGUUCUUCGGUCUGCGUCCAUGCUGUCGCAUGUAAUGUUUGGGGUGACAAUUUUACCUCUCUUUUUUUUUACAUUUCCUGAAGUUUUGGGCCUUGUAAUAUCCAAGUCUUUGGUUUUCUGACAAUUUUACAAAUUGCCUUGUAAUAAAGGGAACAUUUAACCCUUUUUUGUACAGAAUUAAUGGUAACAUAAGUCUUUGGUUUUCUGAGA